AUGGCCGCGGCCGGGCCGCUAAGGCCUCCCGGCGGCCAGCGGUGCAAAACAUGUGAGUGUGGCUUUGCACGUAAAUGGGAGAGUGAUAUUGAUGAUAUCCAUCAUACUAUGUCUUUGCAUCUGGCAGCUGUAUUCACAUGGGACUCGCUACAGGAGGCAGUGGCAGCUCGACAGCUCCAUCGCAGGGGGCCCGUGGGAAGCCUUCCAAGCACUUCCCGACAAGGACACGGGGAGGGUGCUGUGGGUCAAGGUGAACACACUGUUCCCUUGCUCUGUCCUGCCAGCAGUCGGCAGAGCAGCACUGGGGCAAGUGGGAGUCACGGAAGCCUCGGGGAAGCUGGCUCCGUGGCGCAGCUCCAGAGCUGGCCACAGGCUCAUGCUGGGACGGGAUGCAGUAUGAGGGAGGCUUUACUGCAAGAUGCCUUCCAAAGAGUCAGGGGCGGGGAAGGAUGCAGGAUUUUGAUAACACAUCUGAAUUAUAAUCACCUCCCCAAGUCUCUUUUCAAGGAAAUAGUGCUGUUUCAAAACCCUAAAGAUACAGCUGUUUCAUUUUUCCAUUUCCGUAACAAUGGAAUGCAAAGUGUCCCCAAUUACAGCUCCAGGGAUGAGUUCUUCUUCAGCUGGGGAUUCUCUUUUGAUCCUGCAGUCACCUGGAACAAACACAUUGAAGAUAAGAAUAUUAUGGUCAUAAUAUAUGAAGACCUGAAAGGGAACCUGACUGCCAGUGUAAAGCAGAUAGCUGCAUUCUUUGGAUUCUCACCAACAGCUGAGCAGAUCCAGGCCAUUGCAGGAAGGCACACUUUCCACCAGGAAAAAGCUCAGGAGACUCAUGGUGCUGUUGGUUUGAUUCUUUUCCAUAAAGCUGUUUUUGGAGACUGGAAGAAUGUUUUUGCUGAAGCUCAGAACCAGAAAUUGGCUGCUAAAUUCACAGUGUGCUUAGAAGUAGCUAAGCUGGGAGUGAAGUUUAAAUAUGAUGUGUAUUGCAAUGCCUGA